AUGGUUCUAUUGAUCGUUAUAAGGCACGAUUGGUUGCUCAAGGAUGAAUGCAAGAGUAUGGCACUUUACGGUCUUAAGCAAGCUACUCAUCAAUGGUUUGACAAGUUCAACACCACUAUAUGCAAUCUCGGUUUCACUGACAGCACUCAUGAGAAUGCUCUCUUUAUUCGUAAAAGUGAAUGUGAGAUUGUUCUUCUACUUUUGUAUGUUGAUGACAUGAUCAUUACUAGAGACGAUAUUGAUGGUAUCUUCGAUCUUAAAGCAUCCCUUCUCCACACUUUUGAGAUGAAAGAUCUUAGUUCUCUCAGUUAUUUUCUUGACCUUGAAGUCAUUUUCUCAAAUGACGGCAUCUAUCUCUCUCAAGCUAAGUAUGUUUCUGAUUUUCUUGCUCGAGUCAAUGUUACAGAUAGUCGCACUGAGUCUACUCCUCUUGAGCCUAAUGUUCGGUUUACUCCUAUGGAUGGCACUAUUUUGGAUAAUCCUAGUCUUUAUCGACAGUUAGUUGGAGUUCAUGUUCUUAGUCAGUUCUUGUCAGCUCCUCGUACUACUCACUAUGCUGUAGUUCUUUGCAUUCUUCGCUACAUCAAAGGUACUCUAUUUCAUGGUCUUCACUUUUUUUCCCACUCAUCUUUAACCAUUCAAGCGUACUUAGAUGUUGAUUGGACUGAUGAUCCCACUGAUCUUCGUUCUAUUACUGGUUAUUGGUUUUUUCUUGGUGAAUCUCUUAUUUUCUGGCGAGCCAAGAACCAAACGUUCACUGCUCAAUCAAGUACUGAAGCUGAAUACCGUGCUCUCGCUGACACCACUGCUGAGAUUGGUCAUAAUGAUGUUUUUCAUGAACAUACCAAACAUAUUGAGAUUGAUUGUCAUUUUGUCCGAAAACAUCUCCUUAUUGAUGUUAUUCAUUUCGUAGCUGUUGGGGUGGAUCAAACUACUGAUAUCUUCAUGGAUGCUCAUCAUCCUACUCGUUGUUUGACUCUAGUGUCUAAACUUAAGAUGACAACCCUUUCUUCAAAUCACUCUCUUAUUUCUAGCAGCAUCAUUGCAAAAUAA